CUUGCACCGUGGGUAGGGAAAAAGUAAAAAGUGUUUACUCCGCAUAUCCAGCUGUUAGCUAAUCAUUUUUGACAUUUCUGAACCUUUGAUCCUCCUAAUAUGUUCUGUAUACCUCCUCCUAAUUAGCCGAUUUUCUUUUAUGCUCUAGUUUGUAACGGAAAAUGUAUUAUUAUGAAUCUAAUACAUGAUUAUCCAGUCAAUGUUUGUAGAUGCCUAACAUGUAUUAGGGCUGUGCUCGUGCCAUGGAAAAAGUGUUAGGAGCUUUUUAUCGGUUUUCAAUACCUUAGUGUGCACCUAAUAUCCUCUGAAGGGAACGUUGUCCCUCCAAUCUAUUUACCAUGGCUUUGAAGAAAGUGAAAGGUAACCUGGAAAGGAUGUUUGAUAAGAAUCUGACUGACUUGGUCCGGGGCGUUCGCAACAACAAGGACAAUGAAGCAAAAUAUAUCGCUCAAUGUAUCGAAGAAAUCAAGCAAGAACUCCGGCAAGAGAACAUUUCAGUUAAAGCUACAGCUGUUGCCAAGCUGACUUACCUUCAAAUGUUAGGCUAUGAUAUAAGUUGGGCAGGUUUCAAUAUUAUUGAAGUCAUGAGUUCUUCCAAAUUCACGUACAAACGAAUUGGAUAUCUUGCUUCCUCUCAGUGCUUUCAUUGUAACACGGAGCUUCUUAUGCUGACCACGAAUAUGAUUAGAAAAGAUUUGAACAGCCAAAAUCAGUACGAUGCUGGUCUAGCCCUCUCUGCCUUGGCCUGUUUCAUUAGUGCAGAUCUAGCUCGUGAUUUAGCAAAUGACAUCAUGAUGCUGCUUACUUCAACAAAACCAUACCUGAGAAAGAAGGCUGUUCUCAUGAUGUACAAGGUUUUUCUUAGAUUUCCUGAGGCCCUUCGACCCGCUUUUCCGAGACUGAAAGAAAAAUUAGAAGACCCUGAUUCUGGUGUUCAGUCUGCAGCAGUGAAUGUCGUGUGCGAGUUAGCUCGUAAAAAUCCGAAGAACUAUCUCAGUUUAGCUCCAAUUUUCUUCAAACUCAUGACUUCUUCCACAAAUAAUUGGAUGCUAAUUAAAAUAAUUAAACUUUUUGGUGCUUUGACCCCGCUUGAGCCUCGGCUUGGUAAAAAACUGAUAGAACCCUUAACCAAUCUUAUCCACAGUACUUCCGCAAUGUCACUAUUAUAUGAAUGCAUAAACACUGUCAUUGCAGUGUUGAUCUCUAUUUCAUCUGGCAUGCCCAACCACAGUUCCUCUAUUCAGCUAUGUGUCCAGAAGUUGAGAAUUCUCAUCGAAGAUUCCGAUCAAAAUUUGAAGUACCUAGGAUUACUUGCAAUGUCAAAGAUUUUAAAGACUCAUCCAAAAUCAGUGCAAGCACACAAAGACUUGAUAAUGCAGUGUUUAGACGACAAAGAUGAAUCCAUAAGACUUAGAGCGUUGGACCUACUCUAUGGAAUGGUAUCCAAAAAGACUUUGAUGGAAAUCGUGAAGAAAUUAAUGGUACACAUGAAUCUGGCGGAAGGAACAAUGUACAGAGAUGAGCUUCUAGCAAAAAUUGUUGAUAUUUGUUCCCAGAAUAACUAUCAAUAUAUUACGAAUUUUGAAUGGUAUGUUAGUGUCCUUGUAGAAUUGACAAGAAUGGACGGAACGCAACAUGGACCAUUGGUGGCUCAACAGAUGAUGGAUGUAGCCAUCAGAGUACAAGCGAUUAGAGCCUUCGCAGUCCAACAAAUGGCACUUCUUCUUGAAAAUGCUCACAUUCUCACGCAACCUAGUUCUAAAAUGGCAGAUGUUCUUUAUGCAGCUGCUUGGAUUUGUGGAGAAUACGCUUCGCUACUGCCAAACAGAGAGAGCACUUUAUCUGCCAUGCUGGGUGGUCGUGUCAAUGCUCUUCCCGGUCAUAUUCAAGCCUAUUACGUUCAGAACAUUCUCAAAAUAUUUGCAACCGAACUUUCGAAUUCAGAUCUGGAAAAUGAUGAACACUGGAAGGAGAUCUGUAGCCUUAUAAUUGAAAAACUGCCUCAGCUCAUAGCUAGUGCAGACCUGGAGGUACAAGAAAGAGCCAGCUCUGCACUUCAUCUUGUUAAAUUCGUUGAAAAACAACUUAUGGCAGGAGAAUUUGAAGUUGCUCAAGAAUUAUCUGCGCUCUUUUCAGGAGAACUGAACCCUGUUGCGCCUAAAGCUCAGCGGAAAGUUCAAGUACCCGAAGGUUUGAACUUGGACGAAUGGAUCAAUGACCCCUUAUCCUCAGACAGUGAGGAUGCCCCUUCAGAUGAGGAACCUGUAUCAAAUAUUUUUGCCAUAAACGAUGACGAAAGACUGUCCGGUGAAGAGAAAAAAGCCCCUAAGAUCACAGAAGAAGAUAUAAUGAAGGCCAGAGAAUCUCGUAAGAUAGAACAAGCAAAUAAUCCUAAUUAUCUUAAAAUGGACAAAAACAUGGAUGUUGGAGAUAUUCCAGUGGCUGCCAUAGAUUUAGCCGUUCCUCUUACAAUUCCAGGUUUAGCCUCUUCUGAUAACUAUCUAGUAAAGAAAUCGAAAAAGAAACAAAAGACAAAGAAAAAACGAAAAUCAAAGAAAGAAAUAAGCAGCGAAGAAGACAUCGAAGAAGCGACUGAGGAAGUAUUAACAGUUGAAGUAAAUCGCGGCAAGGGAGAGAUGCCGGAAGGUGCACAAGACUCAGACAAUGAUACGGAAGAGAAAAUAGAUGAAGAUGAUCCACACAGAGCUCUCGACAUCAAUCUAGAUGAGCCUCUGCGAGAUGAAGAGAGACUAACAAAAGUCAAUUCUAACAAUUUAGAUAUACGGCCUAAAUCUUCCAAAAAGACUGUCAAAUCACAGAAUAAUGUCACAUUGAUAACUCCAAGUGGAUACGAAGAGAUGGAAUCAGAAUUAGCCAAUGGUGACACAAAGAAGAAAAAGAAGAAGAAAAAAGCUGAGAAAGAAGAGAAGACGAAAAAACAUAAGCAUUCCUCCAAGAAAAGUAAAAAAUUGAAGAGUAAUAUCAGUGGUAUGGAUGAACUUUUGCCUGAAGGAACAAUUCAUAGUAAGGAGGACUAUGAGGAAGCGUUAGGAAUUUCAACUCCCUCAAAAGAAGUUGUGACAGUCAUUCCUACCAACCGUCAACACCAACUUGUUGAUAGUAAAUUACUAUCAGUGGAAUAUCUGGUGACGUUAGAAUCAAAUGCGAAUAAUCGACUGGAUGUAAGUUUAACAGUGCAUAAUAAAAGUGCAACUCCCCUGAAAGAAAUUGAAAUGUCAGUGGCAAAUUCUUUGAAUGUUCAACUAAUUAACGAGGUCUCAGAAAGGAUAGACUCAGUAAAACUUCUUCGAGAGCUUAGUUCAGAAUCAAGUACAACUAUUUCAGUCAAAUUGCAAGUAGGAGAUUCAACAAUAGUACACCGAUUAAGAGGAACAUUAUCGUAUAACAUAGAGCUUUCAGAUGGGUCAAUGUCUGUAGAUAAACUAGAUUUUUGGUUGAGGAUCCCUGUAUCUUCAUUCCUUCGACCGGUGCAAUUGUCCAGCACUUCUUAUGCAGAACUUCUUGCCGGUAGUGAGCUUGUGCAUAAGUCUUCCGUAGUCAUUCAGUCCAAAAAUUUCAGCAAGGUGCUUGAGGAGCUGUGCAGUAGAUGCAACUUAUCCGUCAUAGAGAAAAUCAAUCAGACUGCAUCACUCUACAGCCAAUCUGCUGGUGGAUUCCAUAUUUGCAUCCUAUUGAAAACAGAAUCAAAGCAUAUCUCUGUGGAAACUAAGAGUAAUUCUCAAGGCCUGCUCUCUAACUUGAUGGAAGAAAUUCAAAGCACCUUUGCUUCCACUUGACACAAAAUGAUCAAAGAACAAACUGUUAAUAUCAUAUAUCGUUAUUUCCUUAUAUUUUUAUUAAUUUGUUGUAUGUAAUUAUUUUAAAUUUAAUAGAAAAUUCUUUAUUUGAAUACCUGA